AGUAAAUUGCAUCCUCUUGACACUCUGAGUGGCUUAUUGGAUGUCUCCUUGUUUUACCAUACCUGGUUGUGUGGUGUGUUUCUUCUGAUGACCUGGUACAUUGCAUGGUUGCUCUUCAAAAUCUAUGCUACAGAGACUCAUCAUUUUCCUGUCCAGCCAACAUUUGCUGAGGAGACAGACCAGUGCCUGCCCAAAAUCUUAAACAGCAAUCCUCCCCCCCUUAUAAAGUUUUUAGCCUUACAAGACUUGAUGUUGCUUUCCCAGUACUCCCCCGUUCGACGACAGGAAGUCUUUAGCCUUAGUCAGCCAGGUGGGCACCCACACAACUGGACUGCAAUAUCAAGGGAGUGUUUGAGUCUUCUGAGUGAUCUGACCCAGAGGCUGAUCGCACAGCAGGAAGCUGCAGCAGCAAACGGGAGAGCAAAGCAGCCAGUGGGGGAGCUGAAAGUACCUCCACAGACCCCAGGAGCUGUUGGGACAGAAGAUGUGUCUUUCCAGUCACAGAGGUCUAACAUUGUUCUCAGAUCCACCAUGUCUCCACUGGUUAAACCCUCCCUAAUGCCUCUGAAGACAUCUCCUGGGUCUGACAUUGGUUCACCCUUCAGCUCACCUGCUUUAAAUUGCAAGAAGGGAGUUGUGGAUGUAAACUCCCCUUGGCAUGGACCGCUCCAAAGUCCCCUUGUUAUGAGAAGGGGACCAAAGCUGUGGACGUCGGUUUCAGAUCAUCAAAUGAAUGGUUCCCAGCAUUCACCUUUCCCAGUGCUCUCUGCUGCAAAAGCUGGCAGCGAAGCAGUACAGCCCAAAUUUAUUUACACAUGGCUUCAGAACAAGCAAGAACAGAUAAAAAACUUCUUGUCUAGACGGGCACUGAUAAUGUAUUUCUUCAGCAAGCACCCAGAAGCCUCCAUCCAGGCUGUCUUCUCUGAUGCCCAAAUGCAUAUCUGGGCUUUGGAAGGUCUGUCUCACUUGGUAGCAGCCUCCUUUACUGAAGACCAGUUUGGAGUUGUCCAAACUACACUGCCAGCUAUCCUGAAUACUUUACUGACUCUUCAGGAGGUUGUAGACAGACAUUUCAAACUGCCACAUGUUUCUAGCAAGCCCCCCCGGGUCUCAGGGAGCCUGGUGGACACAUCCUACAAAACACUACGGUUUGCACUUAGAGCGUCCCUGAAGACAGCACUGUACCGGAUAACUACUGUCUUUGGAGAGCACUUAAAUGCAGUGCAAGUGUCUACAGAACAUAAGAAAAGACUUCAGCAAUUCUUGGAAUACAAAGAAUAAAUAACAGAUUUUGAUGCAGCUACGGUUGGGUUUUUCCAAGACUCUUGCUAAGAAGAAAGUGAGACUAAUGAGUCUUUUUAUUUUGGCUUUUUGGAAAAGCACAUGGAAGUACAAGUUGCAGAACAAAACUUUUAGAACUGUAGAAGAGUUCUUGGGGGGGGUUGGAUCUUCUUUUGUAUAAUAAAACUCGUAAAAUUCA